AUGGCCGACCAACCUUCAUCGGCACCAAUCAACCUUAGGCCAAGCCCUUUCUUAACACGCCUAAGAUUCGCUGUUAGGAUACGGGUGCUUAAAUUCCUCCUAAAAACCGUCUUUCAGGCGCUCAAUCUCCCAGGGAUCCGUGACAAGUCGGUACAGCCAACUUUCACAAAGGUCUACCCGUGCCAGCCGGGACUUACCAACCGGGUCUAUAUCCCAAAAUCGUACAAAAGCGGAGAUGCACUGUUGCCCCUUUACCUCAAUUUCCAUGGUGGUGGUUUUGCGCUGAUGAGUCCUGUGGGCGACGACAAGUUCUGCUCCGAGUUCGCGCAUGAAAACAAGGUCCUUGUGGUGAGCCUCGAUUACCCCAAAUCACCUGGUCACAAAUUCCCAGCUGCGAGUGAAGCAGCCCUUGACCUCGUCAACGCAGUCCUGGAGGAUGAAGCGCUACCAAUCGAUAAGAGCAAGGUCGCGAUUGGAGGCUUCAGUGCUGGCGGAAAUCUCGCGCUUUCGGUGUCUCAGUACGAAAGUCUUCAGGGAAAGAUUGGCGGCAUCGUUGCAUAUUACCCUCCAGUAGAUAUGACGACCCCGAUUGAAGUUAGCCUUGCAACAAGACCCAAGGAUGCCCCGCCCGAUGUCCUUCGCCAUGAUGCAGCGAUGUUCAACUGGGGUUAUAUCAAGCCAGAGCAGGAUUUAAGGGAUCCGUUGCUGAGCCCCACGUUUGCCCCGAGAGAAAAGCUGCCCCCCAAACUCUACUUCAUCGGAUGUGAACAUGAUCUACUUUGCAGAGGCGCGGAGAUUAUGGCUGAGAAAUUGGCAGAUGUUGGAGGGCCCGUGAGGACCGGUUCAGAUGACUGCUGGGAAAGGAAUGGUAUAAAAUGGGAGAAAAUUAUUGCCGAGGAGCACGCAUUUGACGUUGUACCUUCAUUCGGUGCUACGAAAAUAAGACGUGCUAAGCGUCGUGUUGAGAUGCAUAAGAGCGUCGCUGAAUGGUUGUUUCGGGAGGUCUAUCAUUGA